AAAACCAACAUGAGUUUGUCUGGAACCGCAUCCAAAAACCAAUCGCGAAGAAGCUCUCGGCGGCAUCGUACUAAAGAUUUGGAACAGGAGGUGGAGUUAAUUAUGUCACAAGAGGAUGAUAGUGAUAUGGAAAUGGAAAAGUCGAAAGAAAAUGAUUUACCGACUACACCCAAAUCACACAAGCAGAUUGAUUAUCAGCAUCGAUCUCCUAGCGUAGGUACGAACGAUACACUGGCACAAACGCCUAGGCGGAGCACUCGCAAGAGCAUUAAACCGGUUCAAGAAUAUGAAGAUAUUGUAAGCCGCAAACGUCAGUUGAGAUCUGCCUCUAAGAUCGAAGCGGAAAACAUACAAGAUGCUGAUGAAGAGCCACAAGCCAAAUGGACGCCAGCUAAAGUGGGUCGUGUUUCACAAAAACGGAGCCGUAAAAGCCGCAAAUCGACGAAAAAUCAAAAUAAGUCAAAAAUAAUUAGUUCAAGUGAAGCUGAAGAUAAUGAAUAUGAAAAGGACAGUCUAAAAACUAACACUUCUGAAGAAAGUCUACAAAUUCAGGAUUCGGUUGAUACGGUAGAAUCCGAAGCUGUGGCUGAGAAAAAUAUGGACAUACUUAUCAAUAAAAUUACUGAAAAUAAGGCCAAAUACACCAACGAAAAUAUUGGGAGUGAAUUAAGCAAAGAGCAACAAGAAGAUUGUAUCAAUUUUAAAGAAAAGGACAGUCUAAAAACUAACACUUCUGAAGAAAGUCUACCAAUUCAGGAUUCGGUUGAUACGGUAGAAUCCGAAGCUGUGGCUGAGAAAAAUAUGGACAUACUUAUCAAUAAAAUUACUGAAAAUAAGGCCAAAUACACCAACGAAAAUAUUGGGAGUGAAUUAAGGAAAGAGCAACAAGAAGAUUGUAUCAAUUUUAAAGAAAUUGAAGCAAAGCAAGGCGAUGGCGUUGGAACUUAUUUAAAAAAUGAUACUUUCAACACAUCUGAUUUAGGGAUUAAUCCAUUGCCUGAAGAAAUCGAAGAAAAUGAGGGACAGCAAACAAAUUCAGAGCAAAAAAUAUUCAAUGCUAUGAAUGAAUCAUUCACCAUAACUCCAGACGCCUUAGAAGUAAAUAAUGUAGAAGUCCCAGUUGUAAUAAAUAAUGAAGAUUCUGGCUAUAAAUUGGAGGACCAACAAAAAAGUGAGGAUUCUUAUAACAAAGCAUCUGGGGAUGUGGAGGUAGAUGAUUCAGAAAUCCCACUGGUUAUAAUUAAAGAUGACACAUUGAAUAACAGCGAUUGCGUGUUGGUAAAUAAGGAUUUAUCGGAACACGUAGAUGACGACAUGCAGCCAUUACGACUUUCCGAUGAAGAAAGUUCCACAUCCCCACCCCGAAAAGCACCACGUGUAAUUCUGACUAAUGAGGAGGGGAAAGAGCAAAUUUUAAAUUCUUCCACUCUGUUUAAUGCGGGUGUAACACCGAAGAGAUAUUCGAAGACCGUGGAACGUAAGCCAACUCCUUUUAGACCUAAGGCUACUGUUCCAAAUAACGAAGAAGAAGAAGAUUGUGAAGAGGGUGCACACUCAAUAACAAUAGAAGUUUCUAAAAUGGAGCCUAAAGAAAUUGUAUUGCGUAGCAUUCGAAAACGUUCUUUGUCCGUGUGCAUUGGUAAUACUGAAGCAGAAAAUAGGCGCAAAAAUGUUACAUUUUAUAGUCCUGCUAAUCAAACGACUAUAUUGGAAGACUUGGACACACGCAUUGUGCAAAGUGUGAAGAAAAAUUACGGCGCAAAAACGGGUGGCAACGUAACGUCAUUUGUAACUCAGCGUCGCAAACGGUCUAUGUCCUUUGAUGAGGCUUUGAUAAAUAAAU